AUGGACUCGAUUCAGGAACGGACAUUCUGCAAAUGGCUUAACACGAAGCUAGAAACCCACGGUUAUCCACCGAUGAUAUCUUUGAUGACAGAUCUUUCCGACGGGGUGCGACUGAUACAGCUUAUGAUUAUCCAAGGCGACGUUUCUCUGGGAAAAUACAACAAAUCUCCGCGAAUGCGCAUCCAGAAAGCCGAAAAUGUCACCAAAGCGUUGGACUUUAUCGCCUCUCGGGGUGUGAAGCUCACGAACAUAGGGCCAGAGGACAUAAUUGAUGGGAAUCUCAAACUGAUCUUAGGCAUGAUAUGGACUCUGAUUCUCCGGUUCACAAUAGCUGACAUCAGGAAAGUAAAUUGUGAGGAGGGUCUCUCGGCAAAGGAGGGUUUGCUUCUUUGGUGCCAAAGACAAACGGCUCGGUAUCAAGAAGUUGAUGUUCAAGACUUCACCUACAGUUGGACGGACGGACUGGCUUUAUGUGCAUUGAUUCAUCGACAUCGUCCCGAAUUGCUCGAUUACCACGCAUUGGAUUUUAACGACCACCAUGGGAACACUCGGAAAGCAUUACAAGUGGCCCAAGGUUUCCUAGGCAUUCCUCAAUUGCUCGAAGUCGAAGAUCUUUGUGAUGCCCGGCCACCAGAUGAACGUAGCGUAAUGACCUAUGUUGCCGGUUUCUUCCAUGCCUUCUCCUCCAUGGAUCAGGCAGAGACGGUGUCUAGACGAGUAGAGAAGUUUGCGGAUCUUAUGAUGUCAGUGUGGGCUAGCCGUAAUGACUAUGAAGCUCGAAUACGAACUCUUUUGGCCGCCAUGAGGGAGAAACAAGAUGAGUGGAAGCAGGUCAUGAUAGAGGGAACAUACGCUACGGCGAUGAAACGCUCAGCUGAUUUUGUGGAGUACAAACAGACUGUCAAGCGAGGCUGGGUUACGGAAAAGCAAGAUCUGGCUUCUUUAUUGGGAAACAUUCAGACAAAGCUGAAGACGUACAACCUUCGGCCAUACCAGCCGCCUUCUGGGCUCGGGAUAGAGUUGCAGGAUCUUGAUGUUUCUUGGACUCGUCUCCUGGAAGCUGAGAAAAAUCAAUCGAAGAAGAUAAACAGUCACAUUCGGAACAUUAAGGAGGCAUUGCGUCAUAAGUUUGCACGCGCUGCCAGCGAGUUUGAACGCAAGCUCCGGACGAUAUCACUGCAUCUGUCGUCAAUGACGGGGCCGUUGGAGAGCCAGCAAGACCAAGUUGAACAGAUACAGCAUGAUCUUGCGCCACUGAAUGGCGCCCUUGACAAUAUCGCCGAGAUUGAAGAAGAACUCCGCCAAGCAAACAUUGAGGAGAACGAUCACACGGUCUUUACACAUGCAGACCUCGAAUUCGAGUUGAAGCUUGUUCAGCAAACUGUAGUCAAAAAGAUCAAGUUUCUAGACAACCAAAUUGUUGCCCGAAAUAUGUCUAAUCUGACACCGGCACAACUGGAGCAAUUCGAAAGCACGUUCCGCUACUUCGAUAAAAACGGAAAUAAUACCCUGAGCGUCGAUGAGAUGGUCGCUGCCCUUGCUAGCCUAGGGAUUGCGUGCCCAGAUGAAGAGGUUAUGGAGAUUCACGACCAGCUCGUUAAGGAAUAUGGAGAUGUCACAUUCGAAGCAUUCAUCAAUCUCAUGGUCGAGAUAACGGAAGAUCAGACGUCUCCUGAUCAACUUCGGGAUGCGUUCAGAGGUCUCGCAUAUGACAAGGAAUACGUGACAGAAGUUGAUCUCAAAGCAGGGAUGCUGCCGCAAAACGCCAUCGAUUAUCUUCGGGAGGCUAUGCCAAAAGCUGCAAACGCGAUGGAUCAGGAAGGCUAUGAUUAUGAAGCUUGGCUGGAUCAAGUUUUCCAUUGAAGAGGAUCUGUGUGGCCAACGAGGCGACAAUCUAGUCGCUGCUGUUAAGAUUUUGAAGAUAAUGUUUCAUCACUAAUAUUGUGACUUCCCUUACCUCGAGCGAUGCGUUUCUUUGCGCAGUAUACCCACGUUACGUGCG